AUCAUUGAGAACAGAGGCAUUGACUCAUCGGUUUCUUCAACCACGUAUACAUGCAACAUCUGUUUUGAAGAUAUUUCUUUUGAUGCAGUCACAAAGAUGGACUGUGGCCAUUGCUAUUGCAAUGACUGUUGGACAGAGCACUUUAUUAUCAAAAUCAAUGACGGACAAAGUCGGCGCAUACGGUGCAUGGCCCCAAAGUGUAAUGCCGUUUGCGAUGAAGCAGUUGUAAGGAAUCUAGUCAGUGCGAGGCAUCCAAAUAUUGCAGAUCGAUUUGACCGUUUUCUACUCGAAUCUUACAUUGAAGACAAUAAUAAGGUUAAGUGGUGUCCAAGUGCACCACACUGUGGAAAUGCAAUACGUGUUAAAGGUGAUAUUUAUUGUGAGGUAGAGUGCACAUGUGGACUGCAGUUUUGUUUCGGUUGCUUGUCAGAAGCUCAUUCACCUUGUUCUUGUAUUAUGUGGGAACUAUGGAAGAAAAAAUGCCGAGAUGAAUCAGAAACUGUGAAUUGGAUGACAGUUAACACCAAACCGUGCCCCAAGUGUCACAAACCUGUUGAGAAGAACGGUGGUUGCAAUCUAGUUUCCUGUAUCUGUGGGCAAGCAUUUUGUUGGUUAUGUGGUGGUGCUACUGGGCGAGAGCACACAUGGUCGAGCAUCCGAAAUCACAGUUGCGGGCGUUUUAAAGAAGAUCAAGAAAAGCGUACUGAACGUGCAAGGAGGGACCUUUAUCGCUACAUGCAUUAUCACAAUCGCUACAAGGCGCAUAUAGAUUCUCUUAAGCAGGAAAGUAAUCUUAAGGAUAGUAUCCAGCAGAAAAUCUCUAUUUCAGAAAAUAAGCAAUCUAGAAUAAAAGAUUACACUUGGGUGACGAAUGGAUUAAGCAGGCUCUUCAGAUCGAGACGUGUUCUUUCUUAUUCGUACCCGUUUGCGUUUUACAUGUUUGGCGAUGAGCUCUUUAAGGAUGAGAUGACAGCAGAGGAGAGGGAACUGAAGCAGAACCUAUUUGAAGACCAGCAGCAACAGCUGGAAUCUAAUGUAGAGAAGCUGUCUAUGUUUCUGGAAAAGGAAUUUCAAGAUUUUUCGGAUGAUGAGGUCAUGGACACGAUGAAGCAUGUCAUCAAUCUGUCCAAUGUUGUUGAUAAAUUAUGCAAGCUAAUGUAUCAGUGUAUAGAGAAUGACUUACUGUAUCCUCUUCAGCGUGCCCACAACAUUGCCCCAUACAAAUCCAAGGGACUUGAGAAGGCAUCGGAGCUCUCAAUUUCUUGGGAUUCUGAUGAAAGUUUGAGAAGCAUGAAAACCAAUAAUGAGGACAGCUGUCCACAAUCGAACACGAUAGCAAAUGGCAGUGGUACAUAUUAUUCUCAAGAGCAAAUUCACUAGCUAAGCGGGCCGGCGUUCAGUUUCAAGGAUCUUCAAGUUCAGUUGAGAGCGGAUGUUCUUUGCAUAAACGCGCCAGAAGAGAUGAUUAUGGAGACAAGGCUUUUAUUGAUCUCAACAUGCCAG